CGGAUGACAGAAUCCGCGAAACAAAAAAAGCUUCCGAUGCGGAUCGAUCGAUCGAUCGAUUCUUCUCCCACGAUAUGAACCAUCAGCUGGCUACAGCACUCUCCGACGUCUUUUUUUCAAAAAUUCGCGAUCGCACGAAUGGAAGCGGGCAGGCUAGAUGCUACUACGGUCGAAGCGAACGCGGUGUCUCGAGAGCAUGAAUGGCGACUGUGUAGGAAGCCAAACCGGAAUCGUUCCACGAUUGGAAUUUGGUGGUUUUGGUUUCUUCGUUCCACGGCGCAGGAUUCUUUGAUUCUUUGUGGGGGGCUGCGGUGAGGAACAAACGAUACCAUAGGUCGGUGGUUGCAUUUGCUUUCUCGCAACGAUCCCACCACUUAGGAAACAAGCAAAACGAGCCAACGAUAGUCUUUUGUAGCUCGCAAGAAUGGCGAGCAACCCACCAAACAAAUCACCCAAGCCCGGGGAUCCCGGCGCCGGAGAAUCCGGGGAAAAACCAACGACAGCAACCCGGGAGAGCCCGGGGGGCAACGGGAGCAGCAUCAACGGCAGGGCCGCCCGGCAAAGGGUCCGGCGAUCCUUCGCCUCUCGCGAUUGCUUUUUCGUGGACCGACACCACGAAAUGCUCGUUCUGUACGGACCGGCCUACAAGGAAUUCGUCCUUCCUCCCGCUCCCCCUUUGCAAGAAGCAAGGUCCCCGCGGGGAUCGUCCGCCGACACAAAGAACGCCCACAGACCGACGCGCCGGGGGUUUGCACCGUCCGAGAUCGUCCUGCGCAAAAAAUGAUCGAGAGCUCGGGAAAUGGCGAACGAUGCCUCGUGUGUUUGUAAUAAACAGACUAUGAGAUUGUAUGGCGGGAAUGAGAAUCCCCCACCGUCUAUUGAAGUGAAGAAGCGAGCUGGUUCUAGGCUGAAUGGUGCUUCUUCAGAAACGAACAUAGAUUGUGUUGGUAUAAAAAAUUAAGUGUGUA